AGUCUGAUAACCUUCUCCUUCUCUCUCAUCAUUCUCCGGCGAUCAAUACGGGAAUAAGCUAAGGAUGAAGACAAUCAUGGCGAGGAACCCAGGCGAGUCCUUCUCCUUCUCCAGAAGAUACUUCCACUCGAAGAUCAAGAAGCUCGAGGAGGAAGACGACGACCGCGAAGAGAUUCUCGAGUGGAAGCUCCCGGAGGAGCUCGAUCUCGCCGUGCCGCCGCCGCGGCCUAAGACGGCGGUUUCAAAGCUCCGGUCGGCUCUCACGUUCGGCCUCAAGAGCCGGGCGACCGCCCAGGGCCCAUUGGGCGCCCGAGUGGUCGGAACUCUGUUCGGGUUCCGCCGCGGGCGCGUGCAUUUCGCCUUCCAGGAAGACCCGCGCCUCGGCCCGGCCUUCCUGGUCGAGCUCGCCAUGCCCACGGGCGUUCUGGUCCGGGAAAUGGCGUCCGGGCUGGUCCGGAUCGCGUUGGAGUGCGAGCGGAAUACAGGGGAGAAGAUUAAAAAUAAAAAUAAGAAGAAGAAGCCGAAGCUUCUAGAAGAGCCCGCUUGGCGGGCGUACUGUAACGGGCGGAAAUGCGGGUUCGCGGCGAGGAGAGAAUGCGGGCCGGACGAUUGGCGGGUCUUGAACUCCAUCGGCCCGAUCACAAUGGGCGCCGGGGUUUUGCCCGGAAAGGAGGACGACGGGAUCGGGCCGGACGGCGAGCUAAUGUACAUGAGGGCAAAGUAUGAACGGGUUGUGGGGUCCAGAGACUCUGAAGCUUUCUACAUGAUGAGCCCUGAUGGCCAUGGAGGUCCUGAGCUUAGCAUCUAUUUACUCAGAGUUUAAUCAAUUCUUGGAUUAUUAAAAUUAGAUUAAUCUCUGUUUUAAUCAGUAUUUUGUUAAGCUUUAAGUUCAUAAAGAAAUAAACAAUUUUCUAAAACAAAAAA